GAUUCGAACUUCGCAAUGUGGGUUUCAUCCCUUUUUCCGGAGAAAAAAAACAGAGCUUUCUAUUCGUUUCAAAUGCAAUUUCGUGAUGUGGGUCUCUUUUAUUUUCCGCGAAAGUGGGGUUGAGAUUCUCCCCAUAUAUUUUUAUUGGAUGAUCACUCAGCUUCUAUUAGCCAUCGAUUUUCGUUGUUCCGAUUGAUUCUAGGGCGCUGUAAAUUUUUCCAAAAAUGGGGUUUGCUUGAUUUUGGGUUUGCUUUACAGUUUCCUCGGAUUUGCUAUUGAUUUGGGAAUCCAGGGCAUGCGAACUUUUGAGGUGGAGCAGUGUGAAGAGGUCUUCGUGACAAUUUCCUGUUCUGGGAGGUGUAAUUUGACUUAUCCUCUGAAAUCACUUCACUUUUAUACGAUUUAUCAUCUAAUAGUUAACAGCUUGUGAUUUCUUUAAGUUCGUUUGCUGGCUUUUUGAGCUGUGAUUGUUUCGUUUAGCCAAGAAAGAGCAUGCAAGAUUGAGUAAUCUAUCAAGUUCAAACGCAUGAUAUCGUGGGAAAUGAUCUAUUUAAGUGUUGGUAUGUAGAAGGCAUUGCCAUAUACCAUCUGAUAUUGGCGUCUAUGUUCGGGGGUAUCUUCUCUCUGCCUGUGCAUUUGCGCAAAUCUGGACACAGACCCAUCAUCGCAGAUCUUGCUGGUGGUGAUUCAGAACACGCCGUUGCGGAUGGUUUACCGCAUUCCACAGGGGAAAAUGACUUGAAGGGCACAACAAAUACAAUGCAUGGUGUUCUUGCAAGGAUCCAAGGUCCAGUUCUGCUAUGGAGCCUCAAGGUUGUUCUUUAUUUUGCGGGUCUAUGCAUUUGUGGCAAGAUCGGAUGGGGAUCUGUAAUGUCGAUGAGUUCAGACCUACGAGAUCUGUUUUUCUACGAGGCGUUUUUGUAUUAUAACCCUCUCCUCCUCGUGACAAUGAUGGUCUGGCUCUGGGGUGUUAAUCUGUGGGUUUUUACACGGUCUGGAGUUGAUUAUGCCGCAGUCUUUUGUCUGGGUUCUGAUCAUCUUACUCACACAGAAAUAUGGCAGUGUGCAAGGUGGAUGACAAUAAUCAUAUUGACGAGCAUGACUGCGUAUCUGCACCUAUACUCGCAUGGAGAAGUAUCAUUGGCUGCACUGCAACCAGUCCUUUUGUAUUGCUUGGCUGUGUUGAUUCUGAUAUUACCUUUCGGUAUCUUCUAUGCCUCGUCUCGCCACUACUUGCUAUGGACAGUUUGGCGGAUAGUUUUCCCGAUGCAGGCAGUGGCAUUCUCUGACUUCUUUUUGGCUGAUUUCCUGACUUCUAUGUCAAAGGUCUUCUCCGAUUUGGAGCGUUCAAUGUGUAGAAUGGUCCAUCAUCAGGUAGCCACCAUAGCGUGGUUUGAAGCGGACUCGGUUUGCGGCAGUCAUUCCGUUGCCAUUCCGUUGGUUCUUGUGUUGCCUUAUCUUUUCCGGCUGUUCCAAUGCGUCCGUCAGUACAAAGAUAGCAGAGAUGUUACCAACAUCUGGAACGCUGCGAAAUAUUUGACGGCGGUGCCUGUGAUUUUCCUGUCGGCACUGAAAUACCAUGUCACUCCUUAUACAUGGACAUACAUUGUUCAGCCUGCCUGGAUCCUCUUCGGCAUCGCUAACACGUUCUUCUCCUUCUUUUGGGAUGUUCUACGCGAUUGGGAUCUAAGCGUCUUUACCCGGGUUUUCAGAUUCAGCAAACCGAAUCUUUGCUCUCGUCUUUUACACAGACGCAGAUGGGUAUAUGCGUGGGUUAUCGGAAGCAAUCUGAUACUACGUGGGACGUGGACGUACAAGCUGUCGUCUCACCUACGGAACAAUUACAUAACAGUGUUCGUCAUCACGGCCCUGGAGAUUUUCAGGCGGUUCCAAUGGGCGUUUUUCCGGAUCGAGAAAGAGUGGAACCUUGUCAACAAACCCCAUCGUACUUCCCAUCUUCAUGGCCGUGAGAACGGGAACGAGGCCGAGGCCGAGAAAUUACUUGUUGGAAGUAACCAGAGUGUAUAAAAUGUUGUCUGUUUUGUUGUAUUAGGAUGUCCAAACUCCCAAGGGCUUAUAUUCUUACAAAAAAAAAAUGUACGAGUUUCUUACAGAUUUGUGAAAAAUAAUGUAAUUUGCAAAAGCUGUAAA